UCGCCAGCAAGGAAGGAGAAAAAGCGGGCAAUGGCAAUGGCGGCGGCGGGAUGCCGUCGAGCGACCGGCGCGGCGUGCGAAAACAAGUGAUCAGCGACGAGGAGCGUGAGUGGCGGGCGGAAGCGUACGACUACGAGCAGAGAUUCUACGGACACUGCAACACAACGACCGACAUCAAGGAGGCAAACUUCUUCGGCAGCAACGGUCAGUACAUCCUCGCCGGCUCCGACGACGGCUCGUUCUUCAUCUGGGACAAGCAGACGACGAACAUCCUUCGCGUGCUGCGCGGAGAUGAUAGCAUCGUCAACUGCCUGCAGCCGCAUCCCACAUCCUGUCUCCUAGCAACCAGCGGCAUCGACCCCGUCGUCAGGCUGUGGAGCCCGCGGCCCGAGGGCGAGCGUAACGAGCGCGAGGUCACCAACUCGCUGGAUGCGGCGCGCGAGAAUCAAAAGCGCAUGAACGCCGACCCGCUCGAGGUGAUGCUCAUGAACAUGGGUUACCGCAUCACGAGCAUGGACGACGACGCAGGGGGCGCCACCGCUGCCGAAGGCGGAGCCGGCGGCGGCGACCGCGCCGAGGGCACCGUCCAGUGCCGGCCGAGCUGA